AUGCGCGCCCAUAAACAGGCGUGGCACUCGCUCGUUCCUGAGCGGCCCCUCGGCAGCGACGCGGCACUCCAAGACGCAUUCAAAAAGCUCGACCUAGAUGGCAACGGCCAUCUCGAUGCGCAGGAGCUGAAGCAGGCGCUCCUCUGCGCCGCGAGCAAGACGGUCACGAUAGAGGCGGACAUCGACGACCGUGUGGACGAGAUGAUCGGCUGGGCGGACAUGUCGGACGAUGGUGUUGUCACAUUCGAGGAGUACAAAAAGAUCAUCCUCGCGGGCUGCGCGACCCGCGACGGAGGCCGGGUGAGCGUGCGCAAGGUCUCGGCCGUCGCCUCGGCCAUCUCGUCGCCGCGCACGGCAGGCGCCUCCGUCAACUCGACGACCUCCACGCGGGGACCGGACGGUGACACAAUCUACCUCUGA